AUGAAGAACCAUACAAAACAGAGAGAGUUUAUCCUUCUGGGACUGACAGAUAAUUCUCAGUUACAGAUUGUAAUUUUUUUAUUUCUAUUUCUGAGUUACCUGCUGAGCAUGAUAGGAAACUUAACCAUUAUUGCCCUCUCGCAAAUGGAUCCCCAUCUCAAGACCCCAAUGUAUUUCUUCCUCCAAAAUUUCUCUUUUCUGGAAAUAUCAUUCACAAGUGCUUGCAUUCCCAGAUUCCUAAACACCAUUGUAACCAAGGAAAAGACCAUUUCUUAUAGUGGUUGCAUAUCUCAGUUAUUUUUUUACUUUUUCUUGGGGGCUACAGAGUUUUUCCUUUUGGCGGUUAUGUCCUAUGACCGCUAUGUUGCCAUCUGCAAGCCUUUGCAUUACACAACCAUCAUGUGCACUAAAGUUUGUCACCAGCUUGUACUCAGUUCUUGGGCAACUGGACUCUUGGUGAUUUUCCCACUAUUGAGUUUUAUUCUUAACCUGGAUUUCUGUGCUUCAAAUAUCAUUGACCAUUUCAUUUGUGACAUUUCUCCUGUCCUGCAACUUUCUUGCUCAGACACACAUUUACUAGAACUGAUUACUUUUUUCUUAGCUGUGAUAACCCUCCUUGUCACCUUGUUAGUAGUAAUCCUUUCUUACUCUUACAUCAUUAAGACAAUCCUAAAAUUCCCUUCAGCUCAGCAAAAGAAAAAAGCCUUUUCUACCUGCUCUUCUCACAUGAUUGUUAUAACCAUCACUUACGGAAGUUGCAUAUUCAUCUACAUAAAGCCAUCAGCAAAUGAAAGAAUCACUUUAAGCAAAGGAGUAGCUGUGCUCAAUACUUCAAUUGCUCCUUUGUUGAACCCAUUCAUUUAUACUCUAAGGAACCAGCAAGUUAAACAAGCCUUCAAAAAUGUGUUUAGAAAGACAUUUUAUGCUUUAGACAAGUAA